AUGGUUCCUCAUGUCCAGUGCCACAAGACCACCAUCUUCACAGAUGCCAAGGCAUCCAGCAUCACGUUUGAGGUGAAGCGCAUCAUCAAGGGCAUUCCCAAGCAGCCGCCCGAUGAGCAGCAGCUGUACAAGAACGACCAACUCUCGGAUGAUAGUAAGACAUUGGGUGAGUGUGGCUUCACCUGUCAAAAAGCGCGGCCACAGCCCUCAGCCAGAGUGGGGCUGGCCUUCCAGGCAGAUGACACCUUUGAGGCCCUGUGCAUCGAGCCGUUCUCCGGUCCGCCAGAGCUGCCCGAUGUGAUGAAGCCCCAGGACUCCAGAAGCAGUGCCAAUGAAAAAGGUACUGCUUGUGAGGACCCCCAAGAGGCCCAUUCCCCCCAAUAAAAGAGAUUCAGGAG